UUGACAGAGAAACAGAUACACGUGCUUGCCUAUUCAUCAGUCAAGACACAGAUAUGUCGCGAUUGAUCGUGAAAAAUUUACCCAAAAAGAUCAAAGAGGAGAGAGUGCGAUCGAUAUUUGGAGCAGUUGGAACGCUGACAGAUUGUUCUCUUAAGUUCACCAAAGAUGGAGUGUUUAGGAACUUUGCCUUUAUAGGAUACUCUUCUGAAGCAGAAGCUGACCAGGCUGUUAAACAACUUAAUAAAACCUUCAUCGAUGCCAGCAGAAUUAGUGUUGAGAAAGCAAAGGAUUUCAGUGAUGUGAAUAAACCGAGAGCGUGGAGCAAAUAUUCAAGUGACAGUUCUGCUUUCCAGAAGAAACACAAAGAUACCGAUGUCAAACAAAAUGAUAAUGCCAAGAAUAAUGAGAAGAAAGAAAAGAAGAAAAAAUCCAGAGAAAAAGUGGUUGCUGAGAUGUUGGGAGAGUUGAAAGAUGAUCCUAAGUUUGAAGAAUUUGUACAAGCUCACCAGAGAAGUGGCAACAAGUCAUUGUGGGCAAAUGAUGAGGUGAUGCCAAAAGGAGAGACUUUAGAGGAGUCAGACAAAAUGGAGGAGCAGGAGAGGAAAGGGACUGAAAAUGAUGAGGAAGGCAAUGAGAAAGGCGAUGACAUUGAUGAAGAAUUGGAGGAGGAGGAAGAUGUUAAAGAAGAUAAGGAUAAGCUGGCAACAAAGAAGAAUGUAACAGAUUUGGAUUACUUGAAAUCUAAAGUAUCCAGUCAGGCCAUAUUUGAUGAUAGCAGCUCAGACUCCGAGGAGGAUGAAACCGAGACAAAAACUAGCAGGAAAACAAAGCUGAGGGACAAACAGGUGGAGCCUAACAAAGCUGAAGAGAAAUACAUGCUGAAAAUGCGAAACCUGCCUGUUUCCUCUGGUGAGAAGGCAAUCAAAGAGUUUUUCAAACCAAUCAACAUUAAGGAUAUUCGUUUGCCCCAAAACAAUCAGAAGAAACCUAUAGGAGUAGCCUAUGUGGACUUUUCCUCAGAAAAAGAUCUUAAUGAUGCCAUGAGAAGAAACAAAAAUUAUAUCAAAAGUAAGAGAGUUUACUUGAAAAAAUGUGAGAAAGGGGAUGUAACUCAGCUCAAAGAUGAAGAGAAGGAAAAACAGAAUAAUGAUACACAGUCUGCAAAUAAAAAGAGGUGGGAAGAACAUGAAGCUCAAAUGGACAGUGUAGCAGAGACUGGGAGAUUGUUUGUAAGGAAUUUACCAUAUAGCUGUACACAGGAAGAUUUAGAGGAACUGUUUGGAAAGUUUGGGCCCCUGGCUGAGGUUCAUCUUUCCAUUGACACUGUCACUAAGAAGAUCCGGGGUUAUGCCUUCAUCUUGUUCAUGAUGCCAGAGCAUGCAGUUCGAGCCUAUGAACAACUGGAUGGAUCAGUGUUCAAGGGUAGAAUGUUGCAUAUUAUUCCUGGGAAAGAGAAGCUGGAUGAUGAUACAGAACACUCAGAAGGGUCAUCUUUUAAGACCAAAAAAGCUGCAAAGCAGAAAGCAGAGGCAACAAGCUCCCAUAAUUGGAAUACCUUGUUCUUGGGAGUUAAUGCUGUAGCUGAUGUAAUGGCAGCCAAAUACAACACAGAAAAAAGUCACAUUUUAGAUCCAGAAGCACCUCAAAGUCUUGGUGUCAGAAUGGCCCUAGGAGAAACUCAGAUUGUGGCAGAAACUCGGGACUUUUUAACAGAGAAUGGAGUUGUCCUAGACAGUUUCAGUCAGGCUGCAGCUCCACGAAGUAAGACGGUGAUUCUAGUAAAAAAUCUCCCAGCUAACACUGAUCCUGAGGAUCUGCGGACAGUCUUCAGCAAACAUGGGGCUCUAGGGAGGGUCAUUUUACCUCCCUCAGGAAUCACGGCCAUUGUGGAAUACUUAGAUCCAACCGAAGCAAAAUUAGGAUUUAGAAACCUUGCUUACACUAAGUUUCAGCAUGUCCCACUAUACCUUGAAUGGGCUCCUAUGGAAGUUUUCCGAUCACCUGUUGUCAAAUCAGAAGAAAAAGAAACUUCAAAGGACUCAGAAAUGUACAAGAAAGAAGAAAAUGAAGAGGAGUCAUCUAGUGAAGAUGAUGAGAGUGGAAUCCCAGAACCUGAUUCUACUCUCUUUGUGAAAAAUCUUAACUUUACCACAACUGAAGAAGGGCUCAGAGAGAAAUUCAAGAAAUGUGGGAAAAUACGAUCAGUUUCAAUCGCAAAAAAGAAAGAUAUGAAGAAUCCAGGGAAAUACUUGUCCAUGGGAUAUGGAUUUGUGGAAUUCCAGAAUAAGGAAAGCUCAAUGAAGGCCAUUAAGGAGCUCCAACACACUGACCUAGAUGGCCAUGCCGUAGAAUUAAAGAUUUCUAACCGGACAACUCUCACAAAGGAAAAACCAAACACAAAGAAGAAACAAAAAGUUAAAAAGCAGAAAACAACAAAGAUUUUAGUGCGGAACAUUCCAUUUGAGGCCAAAAAACCUGAAAUAUAUGAACUUUUCAAGGUGUUUGGAGAACUAAAGUUUGUGCGACUCCCUAAGAAGCUGGGUGGAACAGGAUCACAUCGAGGUUUUGGAUUCGUGGAUUUUCUGACAAGACAAGAUGCUAAGAGAGCUUUUGAUGCCCUUUGUCACAGCACACAUUUGUACGGAAGGAGACUUGUGUUGGAGUGGGCAGAAAGUGCGGAGGAUCUAGAUCAGCUUCGUAAGAAAACGGCUGAACAUUUCCAUGAAGAUGGACCAUCCAAGAAACUAAAGAAAUCAGCCAUUCUUGACAACCUACAGUCUUCAAAUUUAGAAUUUUAAUAGCUUUAAACUACUGUGUUUCAAGAUUUUUAAUAAUUGACAUCAUUACAGUUUUUGUAUUAGAUUUAUAAUCUAAUUUUAAUUUUAAUUUUUAAUUGUAAUUUUA